AGUAAAAUAGGACUGAUAUUGUCUUCUCCGUGGUAGUGGAUGCAGCGUUCGGUCGUUGUUGUGUCCUCUUCUCGUGCAGCUUCUAUUCUCUCGCCGCGUCUUGGUGUUUCUUGAUUUUGCUGCAUCGUUGCGUUUGAAAUCUGUGGAAUAUGACGAAGAAACGCAACAAGGGAGGCGGAAGCAAGUCUGGCGCCGGCGGAGGGUAAGACCUUUUUUCAGUUUACGAGUUGCUUCUAGAUCUCAUCUGUUUGGUUUUCUGUCGUGUUCCAACAAGAUCGAUAAGUACACUCCACCACGACUGCACAACAAACCAGGACGAAAUCCGGGAAUAAGAAGCCACGGCCUUCGACAUCUCCGAGUCCACAAAAGAAGUCUUCAGAAGAGGCGGACCCAGCAGAGGCGCUCGCCAUCGGACCUUCAAAAUCGACUGAUGUUUCAGUUUCCUCACCCACGACCAUAGAAAGGGCCGCGGCGGACGGGGGCGCGCAGGCAACGGAAGAAAGGUCCGCUUUCAGCUCCUCUGCGACGGAUCAGGAUGGUCCCACUGCAUCAAGUUGUGGUCUGGACAAAAAAACGAGUCCGGUCGGCGCGCAGCAGCCUGCUGCAUCUCCGAAGAAUGCAGCGUCGCAGCCAUCUUCUACUUCGUUUAGCACGACCUCAUCUACAACUACGUCCUCGCCAAGUAGUGCCGAUCCACCUGUCGCCAAAUCCCCGCCCAAGCGCUACGAUGUGUUUUGGACGGAGGGGAGGAAUUUUGGGUACCGCUGCCUCGGCUGGACCGCGGCGAACGGAUUGCUCGGCUGGGCGGCCGCGCAACUGUCAAAGAAAACGAGGGAACUACAAGUAGCAAAUUCACCGUUUAUUUCCCUUUUCUCCCCAGUGACGAAAAGCUUGCACUACUUACCCACCAACACGAUUCUCUCCACCCUCUCCGGCAGCUGCUGCGCGUUACAACUGUUUCUCAACAUGUUUUCCGUCGGGUGCUUAUCACGGGGAAAAGUGUUAACGUUAACGGAAUUUGUGAUGCAGUAAUGCAUCACAAAAGGCGCCCGAAUUUCUCAUGCAUAGCAUGCAUAUUGGGCAAAAAUUGUCAUGCGUGACUGCAUUCUGUGAAAAAGAAAACCGUGAACGUUAACACUUUUGUGUUCGAUAGUGCGCGGGCUUCAACACGGUGCUGGGACCGUGGCGCCCGUUUUUCCUGAGUCUGACGUUUUUGAGCCAGGGAUUCGGGAUGUACCAGGCGGCGGUGGUAAAUCGAGACCUCGAUCACGUGAAAAAUGCAAUGGUGUCGUCAUUUCUCGCCCUGUCGCUAGCGUUUCUGCCGGAAUUUGUGUUUUUUGUCAACAACGACGAAAUCGUGCGGAAGAUGAGUGUCGCGGGAGGUACUUGUGGCUGCUUAAAAAUGGGGCGUUUUUUUGGUCGUGUGAUGCUGGUAAAAGUAAGACGAAGAACAUGAUUUAAGUACAAGAACUGAACAUGAACGUCAAGUACUACUCACUUCGAGUCAUAAUUGCGCGUCGAUUUUUGUUGUUUGAACAACUUAGGGUCAUCCCCAUCGAGCGACGAAGCCGCGGGCAAAACCGUCCACUCCUUCUCCCCGGACCCGGACCGCGAGGCUAUCAUCGAGCUCCAGGUGGAGGGCAUGGGCUGCGUCGCCUGUGUGAAUGCCAUUCGGGGUGCGAUUGAAACCUCGAAACAAGUUCCGGUCAACAGAGUGCUGAUUCAGCUGGAAAAAGGUUUGGUUACGGUGUUGUACUGGGAGGUGAAGCCGAAGGCGGUGCUGAAAAAGGACAAAAGUUGUCACGGGGUAGUGAAUCAAUCUUGUUCAUCUCAGCAGUCCCAGCAGUCACUUUCCAAAGCGGACGACGACGAAAUUGCGUUGUACCAGGUGGAGCGGGAGGCUCGGCGAAAAGCAUUCGAAGCUGCGCUCGUCGAGUGCGUCGUCAGUGCGGGGUUCGACGCGCGCGUUAUUUUGCCGGGCGAAGGAGCAAGAUAUGCGGAAACGGAGAAGAAUGGAGGAGCUGUGGGGACAAAUGUUGCAGCGACAUCAUUUUCUUCAGCGGCGAUUUCCGCGUGUCCUCUGCCAGGAGCAAGGCACCCACAGGGCGGGAAGAAAGAAGCUGUUAUGUCGGAUGGUGGAACUACGGGGAAAGAAGCGGGCUCUUCUGGAGGACCCUCGGCCAGUGCUGAAGAAGCUGGCGCGAAACUCGGCGGAUCAUGACCAUGAGGUGAAUCUAGUAUUUACUCAGUUCUUUUUGUUUUUUGCAUCGCGGCAAAGGUCCGUAAUCAACGUAGUGGAGCGGUUUUCCUUUUCUGGAACAAGUCCGUGCGCGGAAGUAAUAAGAGUGAGGUAACAAAUCAAAUCCUUAAGUUACCGGGUAACAUAGCGUCCGGCGGGCCGCCGGACGCAAAGUUACCCGGUUCCCAGCCGCCAGCCCCUUCCAGCGGAUCGGACCGUUCCUGGCGGCUGGGAACCGGGUAACUUAGCGUCCGGCGGCCCGCCGGACGCUAUGUUACCCGGUAACUUAAGGAUUUGAUUUGUUACCUCACUCUAACGGAAAUAUCUACUUCAUUGCCUCUUAACUUAUCUGCGCGGGGUGUAUUUUCCCUGACAAAAACAGAGAAACAGAAGCGAAGGCUGUCUUAGCCUUUCUCGUUUUGUGGAUUCAAAUUUUCCUCAGUCGUGUACUACUCAGUAGUGGUUCUUGCAUUGAUAAAAACAU